GCAGACAAGCAUAUGGUUUAUACCAAAGAUUUUUAAGUCAAAGGACACACAGAGGAGUAGCAAUUCACGGAUCUAUUUUGUAAGGACGUAUGCAGAUCAUGGUUCCGAAUUGUUUGAGGAGAAGAGAUGCUGGUUUGUUGAAUCAGUUGCAAGAACUUGACAAGCAGAUAAGUGACCUGAGACUCGAUGUAGAAAAGACAUCUGAAGAGCACCUGGAGACAGACAGCCGGCCCAGCUCAGGGUUUUAUGAGCUGAGUGAUGGGGCUUCGGGAUCCCUUUCCAAUUCCUCUAACUCGGUCUUCAGUGAGUGUUUAUCCAGUUGUCAUUCCAGCACCUGCUUUUGCAGCCCCUUGGAGGCAACCUUGACUAUCUCAGAUAGUUGCCCCAAAUCUGCAGAUCUCAUAGGAUGGUUGGACUGUACAGAAGGCCGCUGUGAAGAACAGGCCUCAGAGGCAGUUGGCUGUUUCCCCUCCACAUCACAAUUUAAUCCCCUUGGUGUCAUUGCAGAUGUGAAUCCCAAGUACCAGUGUGAUCUGGUGUCUAAAAACGGGAAUGAUGUCUAUCGCUAUCCCAGUCCACUUCAUGCUGUGGCCGUGCAGAGCCCAAUGUUCCUCCUCUGCCUGACAGGCAGCCCGCUGAGGGAAGAGGAGAGGCUGGGCAACCCCACCAAUGACAUUUGUGUCGGAUCUGAGCUGGACGCCGUCAAGUCGGAGGUGUCCUUACCGUCUCCAAGCAGGGUGUGGCCUGCUCCCCACCCCUCAUCCAGCAAGAAAAUGGAUGGCUACAUUCUGAGCCUGGUCCAGAAAAAAACACACCCUGUAAGGACCAACAAGCCAAGAACCAGUGUGAACGCGGACCCCACGAAGGGGCUUCUGAGGAAUGGGAGCGUUUGUGUCCGAGUGACUGGGGGCGUCUCCCAGGGCAAUCCUGGGAACCUUAAGAAUUCCAAACAGGCGCCUCUGCCCACCAGCGGAGUUCCCUCUUUGGACCCUGGGACAUUCUCCCCACCGAAGCAGUGGUCAAAAGAAUCGAAGGCAGAGCAACUGGAAAGCAAGAGGGUGCCCUUGCCAGAGGGCUGCUCGCCCGGUGCCGCCCCUGAACUUCAAAGCAAGCAUCCCCCCAAAAAUGCCAAGCUAGCCUCCCAGGAGCACACCCGGGGCCCCACCACUGUGACCGCGGAGGCCCCCAAAGAAAGCAGCCACAUCCCAGCCGCCUCUCCAAAAGAGAGCCCCGGGAGAGGCCUCGCCCCGCGGCAAGAGAGCAGAGUUGUCCCGCCACUGAAAAAGCCGGCGCAGAAAACCAGCCUGCAGGCGGCCCCUCCGGCCGCGCCCCCGCCUGCCCCGCCUGCACCCCCACCCUCAGCCUUCCCCGUGGAAGAGCGGCCUGCCCUGGAUUUCAAAAGCGAGGGCUCUUCUUCUCAAAGCCUGGAAGAGGGGCCCCUGGUGAAGGCGCACUUCGUCCCUGCGCAGCAGCCGGGCGUCAGGGCGCACCGGGGCGCCCGGACCGCAGCUGCCCCCAGGGGCUCCGCCCUGAAGCACAGGGCGCAGGCCCUCCACGGCCCCGACGGCGCCUUGCCCACCGUGAGGGAGAAAACCCGGGCAGCCGGCAAGAAGUGUCGGUUCCCCGACGACCUGGAUACAAAUAAGAAACUCAGGAAGGUCUCCGCCAAAGGGCGGAGGAGUGGGGGCGGCCAUGCCGAGGCGGGUCUUCCCAGCCGGCCGCUGGGGGCUGCACACCGGCCCGGGAGCCGGGCGCACGGCCACGGGCGCGAGGCGGUGGUAGCCAAGCCCAGGCACAAGCGCACCGACUCGCGGCGGUGGCGGUCGGCCGCCGAGAUCUCCUACGAAGAAGCGCUGCGGCGCGCGCGGCGGGGCCGGCGGGAGGGCGCGGGGCUGUGCGCGGCCGCCGUGGCGCUGCCCUACGCCAGCCCCUACGCCUACGUGGCCAGCGACUCCGAGUACUCGGCCGAGUGCGAGUCCCUCUUCCACUCCACCGUGGUGGACACCAGCGAGGACGAGCAGAGCAACUACACCACCAACUGCUUCGGGGACAGCGAGUCCAGCGUGAGCGAGGGCGAGUUCGCGGGCGAGAGCACCAGCACCAGCGACUCGGAGGAGAGCGGGGGCCUCAUCUGGUCCCAGUUCGUGCAGACGCUCCCCAUUCAGGCGGUCGCGGCCCCAGACCUGCACAGCAACCCCACCAAGACCUUUGUCAAAAUUAAGGCCUCCCACAACCUCAAGAAGAAAAUCCUCCGCUUCCGGUCCGGCUCUUUGAAGCUGAUGACGACCGUGUGAGUGGAUCUUGUCGCGGGGGAAGGAAAGGUGGCGUCUUAGUAGUGUUGUUGUGUAAUAAUUUCAUGGAAUGUUUUCCCCUCUGUGAAGAUGAAACCGAAGUAAAUUAAUGUCUCUGCUUCAUUAUGUAUGGACACUAGUGCCUUUAAUGGAAGGUGAAGAAUGUCUUGCUGGUUAGAAGUGAAUAUUGAGGUUUUCAGUGGUGGUGAAUAAUGCAUACGUUUUGUGGUAUCAGCUGAUUUUCUGUUUUAAAUUUCCUGAGCACCUGUGAUGGUUUCAUUGGGAUGAGACCCUUUGAUCUGAAGGUCAGGUAGAUGGAAUUAUAGGACAUACAUUGGCUUCUUGGUUCUUUAGGGCAGUGUCUCCAGGAGGGCUUUCCUGUCGAGGGGCAUCACAUAAUUGUGUGAAGUAGGUAUGAGGGAGCGUGUUUGUUGUCUGUAAUUUCUUAUACAGUCUGCAUUUCUCAGACAGUCAUACACCCCCAUACACCCCUAUUCUAUCGUCUUAGAACUGUGUGGUUUACUGGACUCAGAACUUGAAGACCAGACCCUAAAUCCAGAGAGCUAGUGACUUGGAUGGAGAGGCUGGUAAUACCCUUGAAGGGAUUCACUAAACUUGUGCUACACUUGGUGCCUAGGCCCUUGUUAGGGUAAGCAUUUUUAGGGCUGUUUAUCCAACAUUUUGAUGCCUUUUUCCUCCCUAAUUUGCAGCAAAUCCAGCCAUUCCUCCCUUGGAGGACUUGCCUUUGGGAUAAAGUUUUGGUCCGUGGGUACAGAGAAAUUCACUCCUAAUGAAAUAACCUUGGGCGUGACUCCAAGCCCACAAUUGCUCACUGAGCACUGUGCCACCUCAGCCUUGGCCCACACGUGUUCGUGCAAUCCAGUCCAGAUUGGACCACUGACCCUGUCUGGAAGGAAGGGCUUUUUUUAAGAAGAAGAAUUGUUUUUGGUAAACAGUAUUGUGUAAAAUUGCUUUUUUUAUACCGAUACAAGCAUGUUUUGUGCAUGAGUAGUAUUUGUUUUGGUAUUCCUGUUGAUGUUAAAUUACUGUGUGAUAUAAACAGUAUGUGUUUUUAUAUAUCAUUGUGUAAAUUUAAUAUAACAUUAUAUGCUGUAAUAAAUGAUUUGUUUUACUGCUGUUAAGUUUGUUAUUUGGGCAUAAAACCAGAUGUUUACACCUA